AUGACACCUGUAAACAACAAUUCCUCCUUGUCCGAGUCUUCUGCUGUUAUGGAUAUGACUGUACUUACCCAAUCAACAAAUGAAUCAGCUUUACAACACUCUCAAGUCAAUGCCGACCAAGUUUUACAUUCGGAAAAUGACCGGAGAAGACAGGAGACAGUAAUAAAGCCACAAGACGUUACGAAGGACAAGACGGUGUCACGAGUGAUGAGUGGCAGUAGUCUGAUGUCAGAUGGUGGCAUUAGUCAUAGUCAUCAGAUGGUGCCAUUACUGACAGAUUGUGUCACGAUUCACAACGAGAAGCUAGAGUCACAAUGUAGUACUAGUAGUCGUAAUCCAAGGCAUGUCACACCAGUGAUUAGUAUACAAACGACUGACAAGAUGGCUUCAUUCAAUCGUGCAGCGAAAUGCUCGACAGCAUUUGAUUCCAACUUGACUCGACCACGAUCAAUGAAAAAGAAGAGUUUACAACAAGUGACACCGAAUAAUCAAAGACCAUCAAGAGCUGCUGCAGCUGCUGCUACUGCUGGCAUGACGCGUCAAGUUAAGCAAGAGCGAAUUGGUUCAUUGGAAAUGUUAAUUUCUUCCGCUUUGGAACUGGAAAAUAUGGAUAUUGAUAUGGAAAUGCAGGAAAGUACGAAGAAAAACAAAAUGACAACAAAGGAUGGACUGAAUCGAGCACUGAAGCGAUCACGAGUGACUACGAUGAAAAUGCAGGAAAAUACACUUGAAAUUGGCAGCAGUACGAGGCAGAAGUUGUUACGUGGAAAAAAGCAGCGUCAAAGUACAACAUAUCGAGCAAAUUUGGACAGACUUUCAUCAAUUGGCACAGAUAUGUCACCACUUUCGUUCACGAGCACGAGUUCAGAGUUACGUGUAAGGAGAAGGAGCAAGUCUAAGAGCAAACAGAAUGUGAAAACCAAGACGAAGGGGACGCAUUUAGUGCGAGAGAUGAGUACGUCUGACAAUCGACACUGUGAGUUUUGCAAGUCAGUCGCAAACAUUUGCGUGCUAAUGCAUUGUCAAGCCUGUCAUCGUGUAUAUCAUGCGAAGUGCUUACUGCAUGCAUUUAAACCCUAUGUCGAUGAGAGUACACCGAUUUUUGAUCAGAUAGAACGCUUACAGCUUCAAGUGCCGGAGCGUCGUGGCAAUAUGUUUCGCUGUUCGUCAUGCAAAGCUGCAUUUUUGGACUUUUACGAGAGUGAGGGGUACAUGUGGGACUGUGAUUGCCCUACUUGCUCGCAGCCUGAGAAAACCGUUUUGUAUCGCCGGAUGAAGUUGGUGCAGAUGAUGAACGACAUGGGGCUAGAGAAGCAACGCAAAAAAGAGCAAAAAGUUCAAAGGAAGAAUGGGACUUUCAAUACUGGUGGAAAGCCACCCGCGUCGACCCCAAGCCGGUCAAAUUUGCUACCUCACGGUCGACGCAUACGAGGAAGCAGCACCAUAUCUGAUGACCACGUUGCCAGCUUGCCGAAACUACAGAUAACAACGUCCGAGACACGGCGUGCGUCAGUCGAUGACCACGAGAUAAUGAAAGUUGAGCCUGUUAGCGAGCCAGAAGAGUUAGAGCUUUCAGGAGAUGACCUUGUUGGUGCUGUGCAGAUAGUGCGUGAUGAAAAGAACGAUAAUUGGUGUUUUCCUGUCAUGUGCUCACAAACAUCAAGCGUUCGAGAAUCUGGUGUGAUGAAAACGGGCAAGUGCAAGUGGUUUCCGGAAAAGCACUCGCUUAUUGAGUGCAACUGUUGUGCCAAAGCUUUCAAUCUUUCCGAGUUUGUACACCACACUGACAGUAGUUUGGUCAAAAACGCAAACGCUGCCAACAAACAGUCGAUGCCUUUUUUGUUCGUGCAGCACCGUGACGCUACGCAGUACACUUUACUCAAACAUUUUAUUCGGGCUCUGAGAGACUGGUCCGAUCGACAUUGUGCGAAAAACACAGUGACAAAGCCGCGUCGAAAUCACACUACAAAGCAAGAGAUACUCGCUUCCGUCAAGACACCUACAACGAGUACCACACAUCCGGAUGCUGUCACGGAGUUGCUUCAACGUCGUGUUUCUAGGCUCCAAGCACUUGCGUUAUUCAAGCGUCCAAAGCACGAGAAUAGCAUUUCAAACUCAACCGCAGUGGGCUCGAUUGAUCCAGCAAGCUUGGAUUUCGUCGCCCAGGUUGUCUGCCUGUCACCGAGUUAUGUGAUCAAUAUGCAGAACGGCAGUCUUGCUGACCGUGUCGUGCGGUCAAAAACAACAGCACCCGAAGGCUCAUUUCCACGCAAAGCUGGCUGGAUGACUAUCAUGCGCACAUUACCAUUGACGCGCCGAAUCACUUGCUGCUGCUGCAAGCAAAUCUUUAGUCUUGAUGAGUUUGUCGAACACGCUGGCAUCUCAUUGCGUGAGCUGCAAAAGAGAUCUCACCAGCUUUUGUACAUUGUGGAGCGACAGGAUGAAUCAGCUUUACUGCCGUUUAAAACGUUUCUAUCGGAUCUGGAUUUUAUCACGUCACAUCAGGUCGAUAUGUUCUUGGAUGAGUUAUUACCGCCACUAGCUCGUCCAAUUUGGAAUCAAGUACUGGAAAGUCUUGGAAGGGUGAGAAUGAUUUAG